CCUCUGUCCAGGGCGGGACAAAGUACUGGGCUAGUACGCUCCCACCGAAGUGCGCAGGCGCAAGGAGGCGUUGCCUAGCAACCAGCCACAACUGUGGACCGGGAGUCUAGGAGGUUUGCGCCCGCGGUGAUCCGAGACGCUCCGGGACCUUCCGACAGGAUGGGUAAAAAGAUAAAGAAGGAAGCAGAACCUCCUCCUAAGGAUGUGUUUGACCCACUAACAAUUGAGAGCAAAAAAGCAGCGACUGUGGUGUUAAUGCUCAAUUCUCCUGAAGAAGAAAUUUUGGCUAAAGCAUGUGAGGCUAUUUAUAAAUUUGCUUUAAAAGGUGAAGAAAAUAAAGCAACCCUCCUUGAACUUGGAGCUGUGGAACCCUUAACCAAACUGCUCACCCAUGAAGAUAAAAUUGUAAAAAGAAAUGCCAUUAUGAUAUUUGGAAUCCUAACUUCUAAUAGUGAUGUUAAAAAAUUGCUAAGGGAGUUAGAUGUCAUGAAUUCUGUGAUAGCCCAGCUCACCCCAGAAGAAGAAGUAGUUAUCCACGAGUUUGCUACUCUUUGCCUAGCAAACAUGUCCAUAGAGUACACUGGUAAAGUGCAAAUAUUUGAAAAUGGUGGAUUGGAGCCACUCAUCAGACUACUGAGUAGUCCCGAUCCUGAUGUGAAGAAGAAUUCUAUUGAAUGCAUUUACAACUUGGUACAGGAUUUUCAGUGUCGAGCUACACUUCAAGAACUAAAUGCAAUCCCUCUUGUAUUAGAUCUCCUGAAAUCGGAAUAUCCAAUUAUUCAGCUGUUGGCUCUCAAAACAUUGGGUGUGAUUACAAGUGGUAAGAAAUCCCAGGCCAUGCUAAGAGACAAUCAAGGACUGGACCACCUUAUUAAGAUCCUAGAAACCAAGGAAUUGAAUGACCUUCAUGUAGAAGCACUUUCUGUGAUGGCUAAUUGCCUUGAAGAUAUGGACAGUAUGGCACUGAUUCAGCAGACAGGGGGGCUUAGAAAGCUCCUAACAUUUGUGGAAAGCUCUACAGUUCCUGAUAUUCAGAAGAAUGCAGCCAAAGCAAUUGCUAAAGCAGCGUAUGACCCUGAAAAUAGAAAACUUUUUCAUGAGCAAGAGGUUGAAAAGUGCCUGGUAACCCUUUUGGGUUCUGAAAGUGAUGGAACUAAAAUCACCGCUUCCCAAGCUAUCUCCGCAAUGUGUGCGAACGCAAGCAGCAAAGACUUCUUCAACACUCAGGGGAUUCCACAGUUAGUACACUUGCUCAAAAGUGACAAUGAAGAGGUCAGAGAAGCCGCUGGCCUGGCCCUGGCCAACCUGACUACUUGCAAUCCUGUUAAUGUCAAUGCCGUUGCUGAAGCAGAAGGUAUUGAACCAUUAAUAAACACCCUGUCCAGUAAACGAGAUGGAGCCGUGGCCAACGCAGCCACCGUACUAACCAACAUGGCACUGCAGGAGCCCCUGCGUGGGACCAUGCAGAGCCACGACCUCAUGCAUGCCCUCAUCGGCCCGCUGGGCUCACCAAACCCCCUCGUGCAGAGCAAGGCUGCCCUUGCCGUAGCUGCCACAGCCUGUGACGUUGAGGCUCGCACAGAGUUAAGAAAUCGAGGUGGGCUGGAGCCGCUGGCAGAGCUCCUGCACUCCAAGAAUGAUGAAGUCAGAAGGCAUGCCAGCCAGGCUGUGAUGGUCUGUGCCAACGAUGAGCUGACAGCCACUGAGCUGUGUAGGCUUGGGGCUUUGGAUAUCCUUGAGGAAAUUAAUCUAUCAGUAAGUCGAAAAAAUAAAUUCAGUGAGGCAGCUUACAACAAAUUGCUCAACAAUAAUCUUCCCCUGAAAUAUAGCCAGAUUGGCUAUUUGUCAUCAAAUAACAUAAUUAGUGAUGGAUUCUAUGAUUAUGGUCGGAUAAAUCCUGGCACCAAACUUCUGCCCCUGAAGGAGCUCUGCUUGCAAGAACCUGGUGAUCAACGUGCUGUUCUCUUAAUCAACAAUAAAUCUGUUGAUGUUUCUCUACCUAUGGAAGAUAAAUCGUCAGACCUCAGUUAUGGACGAAGUAUUUCUUCUUCAUCUUCAUUAAGAAGAGCAAGUAAAGACAAGACCAAUUCUCGUUUUAGUAUUGGAUUUGGAUCGCCCACAGAACUGAAAUCAGAACCUACUUCGGGACGAAAUACUGUUCUUAGCAAAAGUGCCACUAAAGAGAAAGGAUCGAGGAAAGCCAGAGGGAAAAAGGAAGAGGAGAAAGUGAAAGAGGAGGAAGAGACUCUGGCAACACCAAAGCUGAUUGGAGAAGGCAUCCCUGAAAAAGAGUGGUACCCUCCCCCUGACCCUGACUUCUGCACAUACGUGUGUGAGGUCACCAAGUCAAUCCUGCCCAUGACCAAUAUUAAGGAGCAGAUUGAGGAUCUGGCCAAAUUUGUGGCAGAAAAAAUGGGUGGUAAGAUUCCGAAAGACAAACUACAUGAUUUCAGCUGGGAACUUCACAUAAGUGAACUAAAAUUUCAACUUAAAUCCAAUGUUAUACCAAUUGGAUACAUCAAAAAAGGAAUCUUCUACCAUCGAGCUUUGCUUUUCAAGGCUCUGGGUGAUAGAAUCGGUAUCGGCUCCUCUGUAGUGCGAGGGGAGUACGGCCGUGCGUGGAACGAGGUGAAGCUGCUGGACCAGUCUCGGAAGGGGGUGACUGGGGGCCUCCCUGCACCAGAUGUCUACAUCGUUGACCUCAUGUUCCAUCCUGGGGGACUUAUGAAAUUGGGAAGCAGAGAGGCCAAUCUGUACCAGUUUCUGUAAACUGUCAAAGGAGCAUGAAGGAAACAAGUGUCUCACUGUGUGCACUAAGUCUGCCAAUUGAUUUUAUUCCUUUAAAUAAAAGCAUUAGACAUG